ACUCUACAAACAGCUGAUAAUUUCAAAAAUAUUAGUUUGAAUUUGAAAAGUUGAGAGUUAUAAUUGAUAUUAAUUUCGAUUACUUAAUCAAUGUCAGAGAAUCAAGUAAUUGUACUACAAUCGGGCUAUGCCCAUGAGGAUGAAAUUGAUCCAAAUGCGAUGCGUGCCAAUUGCAGCUGCACUCUAAUCCGUUGCCGCGAUGGUAACAAUAUUAUCGUAGACACCUUGACCGCAUGGGAUGGCGAACGUUUAAAAUCUCUCAUAGCUGAACAGGGAUUGCAGCCAGAUGACAUAAAUGUGGUUGUAUGCACACAUGGACACUCCGAUCAUAUUGGCUGCAAUUAUCUAUUUCAGCAAGCGCGCUUGCAUAUCGUCGGCUCCACUGCGUCCAAGCAUGAUCUUUACUCUGAGUAUGCCGGUGCUUUGGACACAAACGGAGAGGUGCUCUUGGAGAAGACGCUUGGGCAUACGUUAAGCUGUGUAUCGGUUCUAAUACACAAUAGCCAAUUUGACGGCACCACUGUGGGCGUAUGCGGAGAUCUCUUCGAGCGUUGUCAGGAUAUAGAUGAUGCCCAGAUAUGGAAAGCUGCUGGCAGUGAGGAUGAAAAACAACAGGCGGAGCAACGAUAUCGCAUAGCGCAAUUAUGCCAAUAUAUUGUGCCCGGACAUGGCACCAUAUUCAAAUUAGACAAUGAGAUGCGAACGAAAUUGAAGAAAAAUAUAUGAUGUAUUUGGAAGUAGUUCCUUAAGCUGAUUUAUUCUGUAGCAUUUCUGAGGAGCAAGCUGUGAUAUUAACAUUACAUAAUGCCUUUUUUUUUUGUAUGUAUUUGUGUAUGUUUAAUUCAAAUUUCGUCUUGCACUCGUUUCGUUACAAGUUUUUUUGGUCUCAAAUUUUUUUACCGUUUAAGCGAAGCUAUGUUUCAUAAAUCAAUACGGACAUUGCCUAAUUAAAUGCGAUACUGUUAGCAUAUACAAGGUUUGGCUAUUGCUUCAAAAUUUCUCGUUCAAUUACGGCUAAAAGACAACUGAUUUAGUUGCUGCAUAAAAAAAUACGGCCUAAAAAUAUAUAUAUAUAUUUAUAUAUAUAGAUAUAUAAAUAUAUAUAUAAAAAAAUACACAACACCUGACGCCUACCAGCUCGAGAUAACAAUAAAGAUCGUCUUCCGAAGCAAGCCCCAUCAACAAUUGAGCCUAUCGAUAUCGGUAAACAGGCUCAAUUUUUUAUCAACUUUCGCAUUUCUCAAAAUUCAAUAAUAAAGCAAAAAGAAAAUCAAGUCGAAACUGAAAAAAAGG